AUGGACAUUGACGACAAACAGCAAAAUCCCAGGCCUGCUUCGCGGCUGGAGGUUGUGUAUCUGGAGUUAGACGAGGAUUUUGAGGACGAAGAGGACGACGGGCACGUUUCUAGCACUGACCUCGAAAGCAUGACACAAGGAGAGCGUCACAAUUAUUUGGCCCAUCGGGAUAAGGUCCGUUGCAAAUACGAAGCCCAGAAGAAACAGCCUCCACCCAAGGCAAAAACAGAAUGGAGCUGCUGCGUCCGCAACGCUCGAAUGACGCAGCGUUUACUCAAGCGGAACAUUGAUGGUGCAUAUCGGGGCGUGCCGCGCCCCCCACAAUAUGGUGCCAGAGAAUAG